UGUGAGGAGAGUCCUUUGUCUCGCUUCGUGGUGUGGUGUGGUGAUUCAUUCGUUCUAAAGAAACAACAACCAGAGAGAUGGAGAGAACAGGUUCUGCUUCUGACUCUUCUCUUUUUUUGCCCAACAACGUUUGUUAGUUGGUUCCUGUAUCCGCCCUCUUUUACUUAUUGCAUCCAUUCCCGAAGAUUCCCUGUUCUUGGCUUACCUUGCUCAUGAUGUCUUCACAAUCAAAGGACAACAACAACAACAACAACAACAACAACAACAACAACAACAACCGUGAUCGAAAGUCGAAGAGUAUUAGACUUUCCCAGAAACUGCGUGGUCUAAGAGAUCUAAGAUUACGAGUAUCCAUCGAGGGCAAACCUCACCUGCUACAGCGUCGAGAGUCAAUCCAGGAAUCACCCCACCAAGAAGAAGAGGAAUACCGAAUCGUCCAUACACCCGACAGACCUCAGCGAUUCAUCUCACCGGUCGAAGCCCCUACCGAAGACGAUUGUUACGACGCUCUCCGGACGUGGCAUCACGCUGCAGAACAACAAAGGAGCGGGAUCUAUCGUGACGGGAUUCAACAACAGAGGAGUGGCGGUGCAGGAGAACCAAGAUCAACUGGCGUGGGCGGAGGAACCAACGACGACGACGACGACGGAAGCAGAGGCAGCCCUUUCGUUCCUGACCCAAACGAUGACGCGAAAACUCCAAAGGAUCAGAAGUGGUGGGAACUUGCACAUAGGGAGUCUAAGGAGAUUGGGGGGAUGAAUCCUUUUCGUGAGUGGGGAGGAGAUCAACAACAGCAGGAGGCGCAAAAGCGGUCGGAUGACAUCGGGCAGAUUGUCAGACAUGAUACGGCCAAAGGAGGACCCUCUCAGAGGGGAAUUGCUCCUCCUCAUCUUUUGACUGAUUUUACAGGACUGCUACCCAAGACAUACGACACGAGCGAGGCUGGCAAAAAUGAUAUGUUCAACGGAGCCAGCUACAGCAAGGAGGGGGAGUAUACUCCAUCCGUUUACACGCCGUACACGCCAUCUCAGAAGAGCCCUGCUACUCCUACCCCCGAGAUGUUUCCCAAGGCUCCUACAGGGACAACUUCCGAAAGUCCACCAGCCAAAUCGACAACUGCAGCUCCAGAGACAUUGCUCACUCGGGAUAUUCAACCUGUCCGUGUUAUUGACAGCGAUAACGAGUCCCCUUCUGCUCCCCCAGGAGGCCGCUACUUUGACGUCGACGAGGAGUACACCCCCAGCGGCACAGGCACCAGCAAGAGUUCCGUCUCCGGCAAGCCGACGACGACAUAUGUCGCAGACCAGCAGCAGCGUCCCAAACAACCACAACCACCACCACCACCACCACCACCAAAACCGUUGGGUAAUACAGGUAGGGGGUUCUUGAUCCCCUCGCUGGAUUUCUCGAACCAGACGCAAACACUACACUCUGAACUUUUGAAGCUUGCGCACAAGCAACAGCAACAGCAAGAACAGCAACGGGGAAGGGGAAGCGGGCAGAGCGGAGAAAGUGGACAAAGCGGAAGUACCUCUAGUGCUUUCUACAGCGCUUUUACUUCUUCUCCAAGGCCAGAUACGCCUGAUUUGAGACCGCCGUCGCGACGGGGACAGGGACAGCAGCAGCAGCAACAACAAGCAAGUCCCAAUCUAGUACCUCCAGGAGGGACGGGAACAGGAACAUCAACCCCAGCAACACCUCGCCCAAAAAAACAGCAGCAGCAAAAAAGACCACCAAGGACACCACCCCGCGGUUUUCUGAAAGAAAGAGGACCGUAUAUCUCUCCUUCCAAGGGGUCUAGGCCUUCCUCGUCCGGUAUGUCCUCUAUGAGACCACCACCAAAGACUACGGAGCAACAAACAAGAAGUCCAAAACCGAGCUUCUUACUUAAUGGACUCGAUUUCAGCCCUUCACGACCGGUUCCUCCUACUCCUUUUGCUACCCCCACCAAGUCAGAGAUGCCCUUGGAAAAAACAUUGGGAACAGGAACAUUGGGAGAACAUAUGGGAGGACAUAUUGCCGGGGCAAUCAGUACCUCAUCACUCUCGUUGCUUGCCUCACUUACGGGGAGUAAUGGGUCAGUGAUAACGCCGCCUCGGCUUUCUCCUACGAAGCCGAAGCCUCUUCCGCCGCCUCCAGCACCCCCGUCUCCGCCUGAACUGUUGACGCUACCGGCGACCGUGUAUAGUGGCAAUAGCAAGGCUAAAAUGCCGGUUAUUGCACCGGUUCCAGUGCCAGUACCGGUUCCCUCACCGUUGUCGAAGUUUAAUACCACCUAUGCGUUGUCAUCAGAUCCGUCAACCUCUAAUCGGUUACCACAGAGCCAGGAACAGAGCCAGGGGCGUGAACAGGAACAAACUCAGCAGAGCUCCCCUGGAUUCUCUGAAUACAUCCAGCAGCCACGAAUAAGUGAUCCCUUUGUUGAUUCCCCGACGAGCGACGUGGAUGAUAGGUUAUCUGUGGCGAUGGUUAAUGGAUUAUAUAACAAGGAACAGGCUCAAGCUUGGAAAGAGACGAUGGCGAUGAUGGUUCAGGCACAGAAGCAGGAGAGGCAGAAACCGGUUCAGGUCACGGUACAACCUCAAAAAAAACAAGCGGGGGGUCGGGAACAAGAACAAGGAAAUACACGGAAGCAGCAGGUCUCUGGACAGGCAAGAACUCAUCAGGUACAAACUGAGAACCUGGGAAAGAAACCUCUACAGACGCAGACGCAGAUAUUACAACCAAAGGUCCAGGAGACGGUCAACGCGGCUUCUUCGAAGAACCCUCCAAGGACUCCUCCUCCUCCUCCUCAAACUCCUCCUCGGUCGCCAGCACACCCACCAGAAACAAAACCCCAGACUCCCUCUCCUCAAUUCCAGGCCUACCAACCCCAACCAACUCCCAGGACUCCCUCCCCUCGAUAUCUAGUAUUCCCACCCCAUUCUCAAUCUCAAUCUCAGUCCCAGCCCCAACAACAGUUACUGCAACCAGCACCAGCACCAUCUCCCUCACCACAACCCCAUCCCUCACCAGCCCUCUCCCUCCUCAGACCCAUUUACCCAGGGUCCGGGUCUCCUUUUCCCGGGCAGACUCAUCAUAUCAUCACCCCUCCUCCUCCACUGCCCCAGUCUCUUCGAACUCGAACUCGAACUGUCAAUCCUCCCUACAGGCACCACCAACCUGCGCCUUCAUUCCGCAAACAAAGCCAGGGAAAGAAGGAAAUGACCGAUGCCAAGGAGAAAGAGCAGAAGAAUACAAGUAGGGAGCACCAACACCAACGACGACCGGUAUCUGGAAGUAGUGAUGGUUGUGACUCGGAUUCUAGUUAUGAGAGUCUCCAGUUUUGGAAGACACCGACACCGACACCGACACCAGGUCCGGGUCCGGGUAUGACUGCCCCUGUGCAGAGUACCUCUGGUACCUCUAGGGGUAAUCAACAGUCUGGACAGCCGGGACACGGAGGAUUUGGGGGGCGUUACGAUUUUAAGGAGGAAGGUGAUGAAGAUGAGAAAGAAAAGAAGCAAAGGGACGAUGGUGGGGGUGAUGAGUUUGAGACCGAGACUGAGUGUGAGACUGAGACUGAGACUGAGGGUGGAACCACUGGAACUGGGAAGGAUGUCGUCGUCAGUGGUGUGGUGGAUGAUUACGCGGAUAUUAUUGAUGAGUAUGCUGGUGGGUGGAGGGAGACAAUGUUC